CAAUCAAUCAUCAAUGUCCAACCUGAGUCCUGAGCUUUAAACUGGAAACUUUAACUGCCCACCGGUUCGCCUCAACAUUUAACAGCCUCAGAAACUGAACCUAACAACCUCUGCAUUAUCACUAUCACCAUUACUGUUUGGUUAUCUGUCCAGAGAAAUCAAACACCCCACCGCACAGUACUGGAGCUUUCCAGAAAACCACGACUCUCAGCAUUCCGGCUAUCCAAGCUGCUUUACAAAGGCGGAGCCGCCGUUGCCGCGGUAGAAAACCUUUGCCUGCGGCGGAGGAGACGCCGGCGGGGAAAAAAUGAAGGGACUGUUCAAGUCCAAGCCGAAGACUCCUGUUGACAUUGUUCGCCAGACUCGCGAUCUUCUCUCCUAUGCCGAAAGUGGCCCCUCUUCCGACUCUCGUGAUAGCAAGAGAGAAGAAAAGAUGAUGGAGUUGAGCAAACAUAUCCGGGAAUUGAAGUCAAUUCUGUAUGGGAAUAGCGAAGCUGAGCCUGUUGCUGAGGCCUGUGCACAGCUGACUCAAGAGUUCUUUAGGGACAACACAUUGCGACUGCUAAUCAAUUGUCUUCCCAAAUUCAAUCUAGAGACUCGUAAAGAUGCUACUCAAGUAGUUGCGAAUCUGCAAAGGCAGCAAGUUCAGUCGCGGCUGGUUGCUAGUGAUUACUUGGAAGCCAAUUUGGAUCUCAUGGAUAUUUUGAUAUCAGGUUAUGAGAAAGCAGAUAUUGCAUUGCAUUAUGGUGCUAUGCUGAGGGAUUGCAUUCGCCAUCAAAGUGUUGCUCGGUAUGUCUUGAAUUCGCAACACAUGAGGAAGUUUUUUAGCUAUAUACAGCUACCAAAUUUUGACAUCGCUGCUGAUGCUGCUGCAACUUUUAAGGAACUCUUGACAAGACAUAAAUCAACAGUAGCUGAGUUUCUCUCCAAGAACUAUGACUGGUUUUUUGCAGAGUAUAAUUCGCAGCUACUUGAAUCUACCAAUUACAUCACCAGAAGGCAAGCUAUAAAGCUAUUGGGGGAUAUCCUUCUGGACCGAUCGAAUUCUGCUGUCAUGACACGUUAUGUUAGUUCAAGAGACAACUUGAGAAUUCUGAUGAAUCUUCUCAGGGAAUCAAGCAAGAGCAUCCAGAUUGAAGCAUUUCACGUUUUUAAGCUAUUUGCUGCAAAUCAGCACAAGCCUCCAGACAUCAUUAACAUCCUGGUCGCAAACAGAAGCAAGCUUUUGCGCCUCUUUGCCGAUUUCAAGACUGAUAAAGAGGAUGAGCAGUUUGAGGCAGACAAAGCUCAGGUUGUGAGGGAAAUUGCUGCACUUGAACCCAAAGAGCUUCCAUGAAUGGUGUGCUUAGUUUCUUGUACUCCGUAUUUAGUUUGUCUACAAAUCUUGCAUCUGUAAUCCUAUUUCCUAGUUUGUGGUCCCCACUUGUGAAUUUAGUUGUCAAUAUUUUGGAAAAUCUCUUUAAAAGAACUGUCUUGACAGAUUUUCUUAGUAAAAAUGGUCUGGUUGUCUACCGAAAAAUGUUACUGUAUUUGUUUCAAACUUUUUUGUAAUUAUCAAAUGUAAUUUGUGAUACACUUUAUUAUGUUUUGUGUUCAUUGAUUA